UUACCCCUCGUCGCGCCAACUGAGUCACUCGCCACCACCCUCCAGACCGCCAGUCGAUAGCGGGAGGAGGACCUCAUCGUCGUCUCGUCGUUCGGUUGAUUUGGUGUUUCUGUAUAUACCGUCCUUCAUCCCGUCGAUCCGUCCGGGAGAAGCUUGCGCGCUCCAUCACGUCCGACCCGGAUAACGAUGGGUAACGCCCAAACCAAGGAGGCACGAUCGCCUCAUUCCCAGAACCACCAUCGCACCCGUCACCGCAGUCAUGAUUCUUCCUCGGGGCACGGCCGAUCACCGUAUUCGGGAGACAGUUCACGGGCUGCGCGGUCAAGCAGACCGGAUCUGUCCUUCCUCGGAAUUGGCGGAAGCUCGGAUAGAGAUGUCGCCAUGCUCGAGCAUCGUCGAGAAACCAAGCAGGAGAGGGAGGCUCGUCGUCUGGAGCGAGAACGUGUAGCCCGGCUCAGGGAACGAGAGCGCAGUAUGCGGGAGGAGCAUGUUGAUGGGGGAUAUCUAGUGACCCAGGGAGUAUACGUGGGCACGGAAGAUUUCAACAAGGCUGUGGUUCGACAGCUGAUGAUUGAGCGUCGAUUGGCACCCUUCUGGCGGGGUCUGAAUGAUUUCUCAGACUCGUGGACCGAGCAUCAGCUUAUGGCUGCCGCGCGAGGCAUGCCUAUUCCGCCACCUGACGAGAUUCCUCCAGAAUUACAGUACAAGCUUCCCCAGAAAGCUCCCGAUGGGACGGAUUCAUCAGACAGGAAUAUCAACAGCUUGACAGUUCCUAUCGCGUCGCGGACACCAUCUUACAAUUCCGACGGCUCACAGGGAGGCAUUCCAGCACAGUCCUUGCCCUCUCCAACGUCCCCGAUCGCCUCUGCUACGGGCUCGACAAGUUCGCCCUUGUUUAGAAGCAGAGCGAAGACGCUGGCCGCACUGACGAAGAAUAACGCGCAAAAUGACAUGACUCCGCGAGAGAUCAUGCUUCCGCACGAUCCAUUCGUGAAUGGGCAACCCAUCGAAGCCUAUCUUUAUAAAGAUGCUACCGAAUGCCCUAUCUGUUUUCUCUACUAUCCACCAUAUCUGAACACCACCAGAUGCUGCCACCAGCCCAUCUGCUCAGAAUGUUUCGUGCAGAUCAAACGUCCCGACCCCCACCCUCCAGAGCAUGGCGAGGCCGAUCCUGAUGCACCUCCAAGCUCAGAUGACACGCCAGCGGACAUCCGGCUGGUUUCGGAGCCUUCAGCGUGUCCAUUUUGUGUCCAGCCAGAGUUUGGUGUUACAUAUACGCCACCUCCUUUCCGCAGAGGACUUGUGUAUGCGGGGAAUCCAAAUGCCCGGCAAUCCGCCUAUCCAGUGUCUCCAGUCUCGUCGUCAUCGUCUCUUGCACCCGAGAGUGCCAACCAGCAGACGGGACGCCGUCGUGCGACGUCUUUGUCUGCAAACGACCCCGCCGUUGUAACGACGGAUAAGAUUCGCCCUGAUUGGGCUCAGAAGCUGGCCAAUGCGAGAGCGCAUGCUGCAAGACGGUCUGCGGCUGCAACAGCGUUGCAUACCGCCGCAUAUUUGAUGAACCCCCCGUCGAAUGGUGCCGAGUCGAGGAAUUUGCUUGGUAGAAGAGGCUUGAGGAGAACUGAAGAUGGAGCCACGAGUACUCGCACGGGUUCGCCCGCCUUGAAUGCUCUCGCGUUCCUGACGGAGCGACAGCGCUCAACUAGACAAGACAGCGAUUCUGUCGAAGAAGCGCCCAGUAUGUUGGCACCACCGCGCGAGAGUUCCAGGCGGAGCCGCAUUGAUGACCUCGAGGAAAUGAUGAUGAUGGAAGCGAUCCGGAUGAGCUUGGCCAGCGAGGAGGAGAGACGCAAGAAGGCAGAAAAGGAGGCCAAGAAGGAGGCGAAGAGGAGAGAAAAGGAAGCUAAGAAAACCGAGAAAUCUCUGCGGAAGAGUGGUGGUGACAGCAACAGCGGUAGCAACGUCGCGCUGAAUGCACGGCCUGGUAGUUCUAUGGGGAGAGCUGACAGCAGCUCUUCUUCCGUCAUAACCGGAGACGAGACGUUAUCUGCAGGCAAAGGGAAAGGCGUCGACCGCGUGUCGCCCGCCGUUGCGGAGGCCGCAUCUGCAGAUUCUGACUCCAUGCAUUCAGGCUCAGUUACAUCUGCCCCUCAGCUCUCGAUUUCCAAACCGGAUCCUGACCUGUCCUCCUCGUCCGCCGCCCAACCUUCGCCUACGGAGCCGUCGAAGCGUUCUCACCUGCGGCAUGUGUCGAGUGCGUCGUCUUCAUGUUCGUCCCUUGUCGAGUCCACCUCAGGAGAACAUAUCGGAUCCAAUGGUCCUGCCGGCAGCAAUACGUCUCUUGAGCCUAUGUUCAAUUUCCGCAGCCUGGCUGCUGUUAUUGGCGACGAGGAUAAGCAUGACGGAAGUGCAGAACACGUCGAGAAUACUGUUUCGGGGCUGCAGGCAGAGAGCUCCACCUCGCAUGUCCCUGAAGAGUCGGGAUCGCACGAGAAGACAAUGUCAGACUCCGACAAGAUCCAGCCUGUACACGACAGCGUCGGGUCUACCACAUCCUUGCCGCAUGCAAAUGGCGACAAUCUCGCGUCUAAGGAACUGGAAGCGAAUUCGGUGGAGAUUACGGGCGCUAAUGGGAAUACUCAAACGGCAAGCUGAAUAGGUAGCACAUCCUUUUUAAGCUAGUUGUUGUUGCUACUACAUCUACAGUAUAUGUGUCCUUCUUUUGUUGCGAGGAAUCAUUUUUCAUUGUACCUACGGGGUAGGCUGUGGGAUGAAGUUGGGCGACCAGGCGCAUGCAGCAUCGA